CUCAAACCAGCGACGUAUUGAAUUUAGCGUCAUUUCGGUUAUAACUAUUUUCAUUUUCGCAACACAAUCAUCGCAAAAUAAUACUGUUUUUAUUCGUGACGACGAAUUCCGGCUCUCCCCAUCGACACGAAUCACUUUUAUAGAUAUAGACUUUAGCACGAGAUAAAUUUUCAAUUUUUAAUUAAGGACGACCAGCGGACAAGACAAUGAAUUUAAAAAAUUCCAAGUUUUUCAAGAGGAUUCAGGAGCUGCGCCACUUCUCCAAGGAGAAGCUCCGGAAGGAUCGCGAGAAAAGGACCCACGUUGUGCGCGCCCUGGACAUGGCUCUUAGUGAGCAGCCGUGCUUGGACCGGGAAUGGUUAAGUCCGGAGCAAUCGCCGACUCAACAGCCCACGUCUCCGCGGCGCCGGAUUAAGAAGAUCCGGUGCGUGAAGAGAAGGGCACGUGCCGGCAAGGAAGUGGCUGAGAAUAUCUCCCCAUAUUACGGACAAUCUUCUGGUGAAUGUAGUCCAAUGCCUGCCGUGGAAGCCAAACCUCAGGGCUUCAUUCAACUGAACAACAAGACCUACCGCGUGGACUGUCCCACUCGAGUGCUUAAUCCUCCCAUGAACGUUGAAGAGGAGCGGCCAGCCAGCGAAACCAGGAGUACCAUCUGCGUGACCAACUCGCGCUACGCCAUGAUUGGGAAAAUCUCCAAGACACUGGGCUACAAGCUGGUCAAGGAGUCCAAGCUGUGGAACAUCCUCUGGUCCGAUUCGUUUCCCGGCGUAGAGCUGUUCAAGAACAUGAAGCGCUUCCAGCAGAUCAAUCACUUUCCGGGCAUGAUCGAGAUCUGCCGCAAGGAUCUCCUGUCGCGGAAUCUGAACCGAAUGCUGAAGCUCUUCCCGCAGGACUACAAGAUCUUUCCCAAGACCUGGAUGCUGCCGGCGGACUAUGGAGAUGCCAUGAACUAUGCGCUCAACCACAAACGCACGUUCAUCCUGAAACCGGAUUCUGGAGCCCAGGGUCGCGGCAUCUGGCUGACCAACGACCUGAAGACCAUUGGUGCUCACGAGCGGCUAAUCUGCCAGACGUACAUACACAGGCCCCUCCUCAUCGAUGGCUACAAGUUCGAUCUGCGGGUCUACACCUUGAUUACUUCCGUGGAUCCCCUGCGCAUCUUCGUGUACAACGAGGGACUAGCCAGGUUUGCCACGAACAAGUAUGUGGAGCCCACGCCCGGAAACGCGAACGAUCUGUACAUGCACCUGACCAACUACUCGGUGAACAAGCGGAACUCGCACUACGAACUCUGCGACAACGAUGACUGCGGGAGCAAGAGGAAACUGAGUGCCAUCAACAACUGGAUGCGGCGCCACAACUACGAUGUGGAGGAGUUCUGGAGCAAUGUGGACGAUGUGAUCAUCAAGACGGUGCUGAGUGCGUGGCCAGUGCUGAAGCAUAACUACCAUGCAUGCUUUCCGGGGCACGACAAGAUCCAGGCGUGCUUCGAGAUCCUCGGCUUUGACAUACUGGUGGACUGGAAGCUGAAGCCCUACAUACUGGAGGUAAAUCACUCGCCCAGCUUCCAUACGAACGAACAGGUGGACAGGGAGGUUAAGCGACCCCUCAUCCGGGACACCUUGAACCUGGUCAGUGCGGUGCUGGCAGACAAGAGACAGAUUCUCAAGGAGGAUCGCAAGCGGGUCAAGCAGCGGCUGCUCAAGAUCAGGGGAGACCCACCAGUUCAACGUCCUCGUCUUGGUGGCGGCACCUCCAAUGCCAAAAUAGAUGCCCAUAAGGGCAGCCCAGAGGCCGUUCCCGUUGAUAUGGAGCCGGCUGCUGAGGACCAACGACCGUUGGCACAGCAAAUCGCCUGGGAGGAGAGUCAUUUGGGGAAUUUCCGGAAGAUAAUGCCGCCACCGGACUUGAGCAAGCUGGACUACUACACUCGAUUCUAUGCGCAGUCGAACCAGGUGUCCAUCUUCGCGGAGACGGCGGCCAGUAAAAAGCGCGAGGAUCUCGCGCGCAAGAUGCGUAUCCAGAUCGAGGAGAAGAAGGCGAAGCAGCAGCAGAUGCUGAACGGAAAGGCCAAGCGGGACGCCCGGAAACGGCAUGUCUUGAUGCUGCCGAGGGCGGUGCGCGAGAAGAACCGGAUGAACCUCUUCCGGAUGCGGGAAAACUGGUCGCCGGGCUUCAUAUCGGAUGCGGAGGAGCGACUGCGCCACACUUGGCUGCACAUGCGAGCGGAGGCGAUACGGACGCUCAAGAUCACCGAGAAUAUCUACAGCAAUCUCUAUGAAACUGGCCACUUGACCAACACGGACAUGGUCGUCUAUCCGCAUCUCUACCACAAUUUGCAGCACGGCUUUGACAUCAGACAUAUUCCAUAGCCGUCUACGGCAUCAUUCUGCCCAGUUGGACGCCCACGGACUACACUCCAUCACGAUGUGUUCUUAAAUUCGUUAUUUCAAUUUAAAUUGCUGCUCGUCAAAAAAAAAGUAUCAAACGCUUUCGAAUCUUUAAAA